AUUUGUUCUGCUCUCGCGGCUAUGACCUGUCAACAGGUGCUAUGUUGAGCAGCUCAAUACCGCUCGCAAUUAACAUCCCCAAAAUUGACUGGACCCUCGGGCCUAGAAGGGCUUUUGCGGCUCGCCAGGCAAAGGAUCUUCGAGCGUAGAAUGGGUGCCGCUCGGCUCCUCCUUCAUAUGUAUCUACAAUACUCCGGUUCGUCCUCCUCGUCCAACAGAAUGUCCCGAGAGCAUUUUCUUCGCUGCGCGCUGCCGCCUCGCUCUCGUCGACGCCGCCUAUAAAAGCAGGCGUGCGUUCUCCAAUACUGCAACCUCGUCAUGUCGCUUCCACAUCCGCACCACGAGCACGAGCACAACUACGAAGUGGCCCUCCCUGCCGUGCUACCGGACGUCGACAUCGAGGAUGCGCCUCCUCCUCCCAUCCAUCUCGCGCGCCGCUCCACUCGCCGCUCUUCUAUGCGCCAAUCCAUCUCGUCCCCAGCAGCACGCCCGCACUACCUCAGUUCGGACUCUGCUGAGACCGUUACGGAGCCCGGUGCCGUGGAGGUCGCAGCCUCUGGACCAGGAAAACUUGAUCCCGAAAAGGCGCUCGAGAAAUGGGAAGUGGUCGAUUGGGAGGUUGGAGACCCAGAGGAUCCGCGCAAUUUUUCGAAGACGAAGAAGUGGAUUAUCACGAUUGCUGUCUCCUCGCUUUGUCUGGCAGUCGCUCUCGGGUCCGCCAUCAUCACAGGUGAUCUCCCUCAUCCUGCGAGAGAGCUCGGCAUGUCCGACAUCGUGGGUAACCUCGCCGUUACCCUCUUCGUCGUCGGCUUUGGUCUCGGUCCCCUAGUGUAUGCCCCCAUGUCAGAGAUGUUUGGACGGAGACCGAUCUAUAUCAUCUCGAUGGGUUUGUUCGCAAUCUGGACGAUCCCCUGCGCGCUCGCGAAGAACCCUCAGACACUUCUUGUCGGCCGUGCAUUGGCAGGUCUCGCAGCCUCUGCGCCAAUGACGAACGUGGGUGGAAGUGUGGCCGAUCUAUGGAGCCUCGACGAGCGUGGCAUGCCAAUGGCUGUAUUCUCUGCAGUGCUAUUCGUUGGACCUGUCCUCGGCCCACUCAUCGGAGGCUUUGUCGGCGAGACCAUCGGUUGGCGCUGGGAGUACUGGAUUCUACUCAUCUUCGUCAGCGCGGAGUGCAUCAUGACGCUCUUUGUACCGGAGACAUUUGCUGUUGUCCUUUUGAAGAGACGUGCAGAGAAGCUGCGCGCAGAGACAGGAAAUCCCGCAUAUAAGACCGCAACAGAGAUCGUUGAAGCGGAUAUCACGAUCGGCGAGCGCGUGCAGAUUGCGCUCAUCCGUCCCUUCGAGAUGCUCUUCACCGAGCCUGUGCUUAUCUUCAUGUCGCUCUAUCUCUGUCUGAUCUACAUGCUCCUCUAUCUCUUCUUCUUUGCGUUUCCGAUUGUGUUCGAAGGCGUGCACCAUAUGAACGAUGGAAUCACGGGACUGAUGUUCCUCUCCAUCCUCGUCGGCAUCUUGAUCGCGCUCGUGACGAUGCAUUUCUGGACGCAGUUAUAUCGGAAACUGUACAAGGCUCAUGCUGUCGAGGCGCGCCUUCCGCCUAUGAUGUUUGGCGCGUUGAUGUUGCCGGCGUCAUUGUUCAUCUUUGCGUGGACGAGCUUCGAAUAUGUGAGCUGGGUUGGCCCCAUGAUGGGCGGCGUCGCCUUCGGCUGGGGCAUGGUCUCCGUCUACAUCUCCGCCAACUCCUACAUCGUCGACGCCUUCCCCAAAUACGUCGCCUCCGCGAUCGCCGCGAAGACGUUUAUCCGCUCUAUGGCCGGUGCAUCCGUGCCCAUGUUCGUCGUGCAGAUGUACAACGGUCUGGGCCCUCGCUGGGCGUCGUCGCUCCUGGGCUUCGUCUCCAUCGCGAUGCUGCCCAUCCCAUUCGUGUUCUGGAAGUGGGGCGCGCAGAUCAGGGCAGCGAGUCGGCGCGCGAGCGCGUAACUGGGUUUUCUUUUGAUUUCAUAAUCGCAGGUGCCGUUUUGGCGUCUCGGUCGGGGGUAAAACUAGGUUCUGGAUUUCGAUGCGAAUAUUUUUCUUCUUGUGAUAGAGGUUCAAUAGAUGGGCACAUGAAUACCCUGAACUACUAUAGAUCUCUUCUAUACACUAUCAUCCUCUUCGAUUUCAUUCGCCGCAUAUAGUUUUCCAUUCUUCCACUUGCAUCUACCUCACUUGUAUUGAUAUGUACAUAGUUUCGUACAUAGAGCUAGACAGCAUUCUUUGUUUACUCGAUGUACACCAGCCUUCGUACGCUCUAAUAUAUAGAGAUACGAUUUCGGACGCCAUGUC